AUGUGGGAGGGUGGAAUAUCAUUCCACCCGACACGACCAUGGGUUUUGGCGUCAUUGCACAGUGGUAUCAUUCAGCUUUGGGAUUAUCGCAUGUGCGUUUUGUUGGAUAAAUACGAUGAGCACGACGGUCCAGUCCGUGGCAUUGCAUUCCACAGCCAACAGCCCAUUUUCGUAUCCGGCGGCGAUGACUACAAAAUCAAGGUGCCCAACAGAUUAUAA